AUGAGUAAGCCUAAGGUGUUAUUGAGUCAAAUAAAAAAUAAUAUAACGGAUAUUAGAAGCUGGAAUUUGAAAGGAAUUGAAUCAUGUAAAAAAAAAAUUUUCGGCUAUAUUGAAAAACUACCAGGUGAGAAUAAUUGGGUAAAACCACUUAUUGGAAAAAGUAUGCAAAAUUAUUAUUUCCCUUCUAAAUAUUUACAUUUAGAUUUUAAUUUAAAAGAAUAUUUAAGAAUGCAAACGGUUCGUUUUAAAAAAAAAGAGAUUGAUGACAGUUUAAUAGAUUUACAAAAAGCUAUUAACAUAAUUAUUGAAAAUAAGGAGGUGGUUGAUAAUUUUUUAUCAAAGUUAUCUAAGGAACUGUAUUUUGAAAAUCAAAGUUUGAGGGAUUUCUAUUCCUUAUAUUUAACUAUAUUUCCUUUUGAAAAAGAUACGAAUAAUUUAUCAUAUGAUGAUUUAAAAGAUUUAAAUAUAGAAUAUGGAAAGUUUAGAUGGUUCCACUUCAAUACAUAUGAUAAUCACUUACGUAAUUCAGAUGGUUUAAAUAAAGGUCUUUCCAUUUAUGAGAAUUGUAAGGAAAAUAUUUCAAAUGCGUUAGACGAAAGGGAAAAUCAUAAAAUACCACUUAAAGAGGACCAAAAAAAGCAGUUUCUUAAAAAUGUGCAUAUAGAAACACAAAUAAUGAAGAAUAAGGGUAAUUAUAAAAAAAUAAUUUUUACAAAAACUAGAAAUAUUAUGCCGUUCAAAAAAAUCAUUUGUAAAGAACAAAGAGGACUUGAUAAUUUGUUGACCUCUCAAAAUGAUAUCACUGAUAAAAUUUAUUACCUAGACUGUAAUGUAAAUAUUGGUUUAGAUGAAAAAACUGAAAAAACUAAAAAAGAUAUUGAACAACAGGAAGAGUCCAAAAGUCAUUUUUAUAAUUUAAUUAAUGAAAAUGAAUGUUUAAGAAAAACCUUUUCCAUAAGAAAUAGAUUUAUUGAUCCGUUAUACUUGAGAAGAAGAUAUUCUUAUAUUCAUAAAUUAACAAAAAAGAAAAUAAAAAAAGAAAAGCAUAAAACGUAUAGAAAACAUUUUAUACAACACGCCGACGAAAAAAAAAUAUGGCCCGACAAUAAGGGAUUGUUGAACAAGAUGUACCCAAAUCCGUACUCAUGA